AUGAAACAUUACUUCCUCAUCUUUUGCACUCUUAUUCUAUUCUCAAGCGCGUGGGUGAAGGCAACGGCUGAUACCGGUGACCAGCAUCAUGGCUUGGGUGCGGUCGUAGAAGCGGACGUGGACAACCCUGCUAUCAGGGAUGCAGCUGACUAUGUUACACGUACUGCGAAUACGAACAACUGCAAUGGCCUGUGCGCGUCACUUAAGCGCACAGGCAAGCUGAAGCUGCUGGAAAUUCUUUCUGCGAAGACCCAGGUUGUGGCGGGUAUUCUUUACAAGAUGGAGCUGCUUCUGGAAGAUGAAAAGGGCCAGCAGGUGCUUUUCACCUGCUCAGUGUGGAAUCGCCCGUGGAACACUGGCCAGAACGGUGGGGACGAUCACCACAACCACAUCACCAAAUUCCACUACCAGUACAUUGACCCCUGA